UGCUCCGGUAUUGUUGCUCAACUGAAGAAGUCUGCUUUCUGCAUUCGCAACAUCAAUGGGUUUUAUUGGGAAUCAGUUACACACUGUCUAAAGAUUGCAGAUUCUAAAAACCAAACCAAGCCGAGGAGGCUUGAACUGAACUGCGCAUCUCGGUAACCAGUCGCAACAGAGAAGUAGCUAACUAGCUAGCCUAGCUAGCUUUCAGCUGCACCAACAACAAAACGCCGGCAUGUAUAAUCCUCACCACCACCAUCACCAGCAGCAGCAGCAACAACAGUUUCACCAACAUCUACGACAGCUACAGCAACUAUUCCAGCAGCAGCCUCCUCCUCCGCCUCCUCCUCCACCUCCACCACCUCAACCCCCACCUUCGCACCAUGUUGCUCAUCACCACCACCAAGCAGGACGGCCCAUGACGGUGCCCCCCCAAGGCCCACCUCCCCCCCGGAUGGUCAACCUCUGCCAGGCCACCCAGACCACCAUCCUGGCCCCUAACCCCAUGCUGCAGGGAGCCCUGCUAAUGCAGCAGAUGCAGGGGAACAUGCGGGGUUUUGCCAUGGGGGGGCAGCAGUUUCGCCAGUUCUUUUCUGCGGGGGCGCGGGCCUCCCUCCUGGGGCCUGUCCCCAUGGGCGUGGCCAUCAAGACCCCCCACAUGAGCUUUCCUGCACGCCACUUCCACCCCCAUGCCCGCUACUACAACAACAACAUGGAGUUUUCCUCCCGGCAGGGGGGCAGGAAGCGGGACAGCGAGCAGCGAGCCUCCGGCAGUGCAGACUCACUUCCUGCCAGCAGCGCUGAUGCACUUCCUGUGGCAGCCGGCUCUGUGGGGAGGAGCAGUGACCACACCCUCGGAGAUGGAGGAGUGGGGGGGUUAGACGCGCCCCCUGAGCCCCCCGAGGAGGAGCCGGUCCUGAAGAAGCUGCGGACAGAGGGCUCAGAGGAGCCUGUGGAGCGGUCCACUGUGCAGACAACCGGAGUGCUGGGUGGUGUGGAGUGUAAGAGCCCAGCAACAGACAGCCAGCCUGGAGACUGUGAGCUCCUGGAGGAGGGAGGCAGCACUGCCGAGGCUGCGGAGGCCCUGGAGGAGAGCAGGGCCCUGGAGGAGAGCAGGGCCGUGGAGGAGGGCAGGGCCGUGGAGGAGGGCAGGGCCGUGGAGGAGGGCAGGGCCGUGGAGGAGGGCAGGGCCCUGGAGGAGGGCAGGGCCGUGGAGGUGAGCAGGGCCGUGGAGGAGGGCAGGGCCGUGGAGGAGGGCAGGGCCGUGGAGGAGGGCAGGGCCGUGGAGGAGGGCAGGGCCGUGGAGGAGGGCAGGGCCGUGGAGGAGGGCAGGGCCGUGGAGGAGGGCAGGGCCGUGGAGGAGGGCAGGGCCGUGGAGGCCGUGGAGGUGAGCAGGGCCGUGGAGGUGAGCAGGGCCGUGGAGGUGAGGAGGGAAAAUUGUAAAUAUCUGUAUACGCUCUCUCUGUGUGUGUGUGUUUGGAAAAAGCAGGUCGAGAGAGGAGAGCUGAACCUGCAGGACUCUGAGGAGGCUGGCGCGGAGGCCAGAGGGGAGGCCGGCCCCCUGCCAGGCCCCCAAGAGGAGGGGAGCGGCGAGGCAGCUAACAGGUUCUACUGCUACAUCUGCAACAUAACCUGCCACAACCAGCAGAACUUCCAGGGCCACAUGAACGGCCUGUCCCACCAGCAGAAGAUGAUGGAGAUCCAGCACAUGAGCAACGCCUGCUUGGUCACACUGCUGCCCCGCGUACAGGAGACACUGCAGGGCGCACGCCGGGACGGGGAGAAGAGGCCAGGUCUGCAGCGAUGGUGUGCCUCUUGUCAGACACAUUUCACCAGCAAUGUCCUGGAGCACCGCCGGACAAAGGAGCACAAGCGGUCCAGCUGCAUGGCCAGCCCCUCCUGCACGGUGUGCAAGAGGCUCUUCAGGACUCCUCGUCUGUUUGUGCAGCACAUGCAGUCUGACGAGCACGGGCACAGGGUGCAGGAGCUUCGAGAAGAGAGCGGACCGGAGGCCCUGGCUGAGAUGGUUGCCAUGGAUGCAGACGGCUGCUAUGUUGACGAUGGGGAGGAGGAGGGGGAGGGGGAGCAGGACAGCUCUGACAGACAGGAGGGCAGCCGGCGGGAGGUGGCCCUGGAGGACAUGGCAGAUGAUGAGGAGCACCAGCCAGACACGGUGUACGGCUCCAGCUUCCUGGUUCCUGUGGCUGGCUUCCUUUGCCGCCUCUGUCACCAGUUCUACCACUUCGAGUCAUCCGCCCGGCACACACACUGCACGUCCCUCGAGCACUUCAACAACCUCAAGAAGUUCAGAAGCCUGCAGAGCCAGAAGGCCGCAGCGCCCCCCCUGGAUCCGCUGGCAGAGGCCAGCCUGGACGGUCUGGAGGAGAGUGGCGGCCACCUGAGCUCCGGGUCCGAGUGCCUCUCUGGGGAUGAGCUUCUGGAGUCAGACGUGGAGGAGCCAGGCCUCAGCCACUCUGCCCUGCUGCAGCCCACCGUCAGCAUCACCAGGCUGGCCUCCAGCCUCCUGCUCCAGCCUCAGGACCACCAAGACCCCCACUCGCCCCAAGACCCCCAGCCCCAAGACCCCCAGCCCCAAGACCCCCAGCCCCAAGACCCCCAGCCCCAAGACCCCCAGGACCCCCAGCCCCAAGACCCCCAGGACCCCCAGCCUCAGGACCACCAAGACCACCAGCCCUCCCAGGACCACCAAGACCCCCAGCCCCAAGACAACCAGCCCCCCCAGGCCUUGUUCAUACCAGUACAAGAGGACCUCCCCUCUCCCAGCCCCCCUGCAGACCCAGAGGAGGGGCUCCUGUUCCAGGACAGCCCAGAGCAGCUCUGCCCCCUGGGGCUGGAGGUGACCGGAGAGGAGGCUGCCUCUAACCCUGCCUUGGUUCCAGGAGAGGCAGAAGAGGUGGAGGAGGAGGUGAAAGAGGCUGCCCCUGUCCCAGAAGAGAAGCCCAGCGUGGGGAAGGCUAAAGCUGCUCCCAAGCGCAGGUCUGGCAGGGCAACAAGGAGGCGGUGAGAGGUGGAGGGAGAUGCGGGAGAGAGAGUUGCUUGGUAGAUCUCAGCUGUGAAGGUGCGUUACAAAGACACACUCCCCUCAUUCAUAAAGAUUCCUGGCUCCUCUAAACUGUUGGGAUUUCUUAUAACAUCCCACUGAGCACCUGUGGGAGCAUUUAACAGAAACAUGUUUGCAGUAGUGGAAUCAGAAAACAAAUUAUGUUACUUCUUAAAGUGUUAAAUGAAUCAUGCGGGAAAAAAUGUGGGGUCGAUUUCAGCUCGAUUAACACGUGGUGUUGUAGGUAGAAACAUCCAAACAGCUGACAAAGCUGGUGCUGUUGAACAAGGUCUUUAUUUUCACAUUGUGGCUCUAGAGAAGUACCGUCUUCUAGUGAGGUUCUAGAAUGUAGCAGCUCUGCUGAUCUGAGUUCAGCAUUUUUAGCAGGUGACCUGAUCUGAAACUAUUGUGUGGGGUACAAAAAAAAUAAAUAUUAAAAA